AUGGAGCACAAAGAUGAUGAUGAUGAUGAUGAUGAGGAUGAUGAUGAGGAUGAGGAUGUGUCUUUUGCCAAAUGGAUGAGCAGCUUCUGGGGCCACAGCUGGCGAGAGGAGAAUGAGAGAGAACUUCGGGAACACCACCGACCACAAGAUGCUAAGCACAGGAAAGCCUCCCUGCCCUGCUCUUUGCCUGUGCACCCCAGAACUACACCAUCUGACCAUAACCCCAGAAGGCAUUCUCUGGACCAAGAGUUCCAAAGCCAAACUCACCUGUCAUACUACAGAGGAUGCUCAGUGAAUGGGUCAUUCAAGGAGUCACUGGAACCAGAAGGAAGAUCUCAUCCUAAAAUUCAGGUAUUUUCAGAGUCUUUUGAGCAACAACUGUGCAUUAAAACUAAAUGCUCUGUCUCUUUGGGACCUGAAUGAAGACGGGACAAACAUGACAGAGAAGGCCUGAGGAUGGAGAUAAGAACGUACAAGAAAAUGGGGGAAGGAAGGAGCUCUACAAAGGAAGAAUACCGAGAAACAUAUGUGGUUCCUGUGGCUGAAAAGGGGCCUGAAUAGUAUUUUGUUUCUACAUAAUGAUGACAAAAACAACUUAUCAAUUUGUGCCCUAGUUCACCAUUUCAGGAUGUCAGGAUGAUAACUGCAUAAGGGCGUCCACAGAUGCUGACUGACUCAAGUGGGAGGUUGGAAUGACUGCUUCUCAAGACGACUAUUCCAGCUACUUCUGGAAUUUUACUUGAAAGUGUUAUCUGCUUUCUUGCCUUUUUAUGGGGAUAAAAAGAAUAAAAGGCACUUUAAUAAAAUAGCAUAAUUUCUGAAAAUGUAUAAAGAUUCUUUUUAAAGAG